CCCAACGUUCAAACAUGUUGGCAUUGAUAUGCAGGCAAUCAAAUGGUCGGGGCCCCUCUCUGGAUUUUCAUAUGCCUUUCAUUCGUUGUCCCACCUAUGCUGAUGAAGAUGCAUUACCAUGUCUCAAUAAAAAGGGGGAAAAAAAAAAACUCUCAAGAGGACAGCACAGAUUAUGUACUUUACUAAUUCGAUUGCAUGGUAUAUGAGUGUAAUUCCUUAUCCAUCAGCAUAACAUCAGAAACAGAAUGGAUGAUUCUGUUGUUCUCAACAUCACUACCAAAAAUGGUGGUGCUGAUGGAAAGAGAAAAGAGGAAGAGGAUGCAGGGGAAGGUGGAUUCGACCCUGCGACCAAGGGGAAGCCGAUCGAGAGGGAGCUCACUCUUUCAGACAUGGAUUCUGAUGGAGUUGGGAUAAUUCAGAAGGGGAUGAUGAAUGAAGGUCCUAUGCUAUCUAGAUCCUUGCUAUCUAAGCCUAAGUCACGCUUCGUUGAGUCCAGGCUUCUGAGCCCUCUCAAUGUCAAUGUCAUCCAAGACAAUGCUGCACAGAGAUUAGCCUCGCCUUCUAGAGGUGGAGCAAUGGCUGCCUCUACCCCUCGUUCUGCAGUUGCUGUGGAGGAGGACGACCUCGACCUAGACCCUGACCCCUUUAAGGAUGGGGACCUCCCUCGCAAGAAACAAAAGUUUGGCAUAAGGCUGCUUCUGGAAUGGAUUGCCUUUGUGUUGAUCACCAGCACAUUGGUUUCAACACUAACAGUUGGCCCGUUGGAAUACCGGAUGAUGUGGGGUUUGGAGCUCUGGAAAUGGUGCUUGAUGAUAAUGGUCAUAUUCUGUGGAAGACUGGUUUCAGGAUGGCUAAUUAGUGCUCUAGUAUUUUUUGUGGAAAGAAAUUUUAUGUUGAGAAAGAAGGUUCUAUAUUUUGUAUAUGGGCUUAGAAAGAGCGUGCAGAAUUGUCUUUGGCUUGGUUUGGUGAUUCUUGCUUGGAUUUUCAUGUUCGACCCUAGAGUGGAGAGAUCUACUAAGAACCACAAGGCACUUUCUUAUAUAACCAGACUGCUGGCUUCCUUUUUGGUGGCAGCAGUCAUCUGGUUGCUUAAGAUUUUGCUGAUAAAGGUUAUGGCUUCGACUUUUCAUGUUAACACAUUCUUUGACAGGAUCCAGGAGUCCAUCUUCCACCAGUAUGUGCUAGAGACACUAUCAGGUCCACCCAUUAUGGAGAUUCAGCAGAGCCUGACUGAUGAAAGAAUUAAAUCACCCAGCAAGUCCCCUGUUGGAGAAGCUCGGGUGAGCUUUAGUAGUACUUUGGGGAUUAGCCGCCGGAAAACUGUUGGUGGGGGGAAAGGAGAAGAGAAAACCUCCAACGUAAUCAAUGUGGAUCAGCUGCACAAAAUGAACCCAAAGAAUGUUUCUGCCUGGAACAUGAAGAGGCUCAUCAGUGUGAUCAGGCACUCUGGCAUUUCUACCAUUUCUCACACCAUCGACCAAUCCAUGGGCAAACAUGAUCAUCCCCAAGACAAAGAGAUCACAAGUGAAUUGGAAGCGAUUGCUGCAGCAAAGAGCAUUUUCAAGAAUGUUGCGAAGCCAGGAGCAAAGUAUAUAGAAGAGGAGGACCUUCUAAGAUUCUUGAAGAAGAAUGAGGUUGCCUCAAUCUUUCCCCUCUUUGAAGGAGCUCUUGAAAGCGGCAAGAUCAGGAAAUCGGCUCUCAGGAAUUGGGUGGUGAAUGUUUAUCUAGAAAGAAAAUCACUGGCACAUUCUCUGAAUGACACCAAAACUGCAAUUAAACAGCUACACCAAAUUGCCAAUGCAGUGGUCAGCAUUGUCAUAACGGUUGUGGUUCUACUAGUAAUGGGCAUUGCCACAACCCAUGUUAUCGUACUGGUAUCAUCUCAGCUGGUACUGGUAGGUUUUAUUUUUGGCAAUACCUGCAAAACAAUCUUCGAAGCAAUUGUGUUUGUAUUCGUCAUGCAUCCCUUUGAUGUUGGGGAUCGAUGUGUUGUGGAUGGUGUUCAGAUGAUUGUGGAAGAAAUGAACAUUCUUACCACGGUUUUCUUGCAACAUGACAAUGAAAAAGUAUACUAUCCAAAUUCGGCAUUAGCCACAAAGCCAAUUAGUAAUUUUUACCGCAGUCCAGACAUGGGUGAUACUGUUGAGUUCAGUGUGGAUACUUCAACCCCAAUGGAAAAGAUUGCUUCGCUUAAGGAGAGAAUAGAAAAAUACCUUGAGAGCAAGCCUCAGCACUGGCACCCGAAGUAUACUCUGCUUGUAAAAGAUAUUGAGAACAUGAGUAAUAUGAAAAUGGCCUUGCAUACACUGCACACAAUGAACCAUCAGAACAUGACUGAGAAGUCGAAUCGAAGGUCUGAACUUGUAUUGGAGAUGAAGAAAUUUUUUGAGGAGCUUGGUAUCAAGUAUCACUUGUUGCCUCAAGAAGUUCAUGUCAAGUUUGUUGCUUCUGCAAUUAAUCAAAUUCCUUUGCAUUGCUGAUGUCUCAGGUUGUGAAAAGCUACAGGUCACAGUUCAUUACAUGCUUGUGAUAAUUCAUUGGACAUUGCCAAUUGAAUAAGUUCCUUUUGUAUCAUUUCUUCACAAUUGGAUGAGAAGUGCUCUUUUCCUUGCAGAGUGGUCAGGAAAAUUUCUUCAUUGUUUGGAAAGUACAACAUAGUUCAAUUUUCUUACAUGAGAUGUGUAACAUUUCAUUUUGUGCUUCA